CGUGCGCCGCGGCCCGCGCGCGACGCCACCGGAAGCAGUGUCUGUGUCUUAUCGAUAUCCGGUUUCGAAAUUUGAAAUUCGAAUUGUGUUCGUGCGUUGUGUCUUUACUGGUGGUUUUUGGAGUGUGUGCUUGUUGUUUGGAGAUUUUAAUGGAUAACAACGACAUGGAACAAGAAGCUUAAAAAAGAUUUCUUCAGCCAUCAAACACAAAGGAGUCGACUAACGAAUAAUUCCACGAGCAUAGUCAAACGUUUAAAGUUCCUAAAAAUACAUUCACAUUUAGGAUAGUAGCUAAAAUAACAAAAAUGUACAAUUCCAGCGAAUUUCUGCAUAGCGCUGGCGUUAGCCGCCACAUGCAGGCCACUGGAGAAGCCCCUUCACAAAAAGCUAGCAUGAAAAGACGAUCAUGCGAGGUCCCUUUAGGCGACAUAUCUACCAACAAUUUCAAAGUAUCCCUCGGUGAUAUCACGAACGUUGCUACAGACGGGCCAAGCUACGAUUGCCGGUCGCUCCGCUCAGUCAAGUCGUCCAAUGAUGAUAACAGAUCCUUACGAUCGUAUCGGCCUAUUGAUAGCCGGAGCGUAAAGAACUUUCGUUCUUCGCUCAUUGAUCUGUCCAACUAUUCAUCCUUGUCUCGGCCGCCGAGUUAUGACCAGUUGUCUCGGAGGUCCAUGAUCGAGGGUGCUGGCGAUGGCCCGUUCACUUCGAGCAUCGAGGGAGUGCUAUGGUCAGAUGAGGAGGAGAAUGAAUACUUCUAUCACGAGAACAUCACAUCCGCUUGGAAUCAAGACCUGGCGGCGAUCAGACAGCUGCUGGAGAGCGAGACGGGCGGCACGAGCUGCCCCAGCUGCAACAUGCCGUUCGACAAGGGCAAGAAGAGGAAGCUGAUCGACACGUGCGGGCACGAGCGCUGCUACUCCUGCAUGUUCCGCAACGAGGCGUGCCCGGUGUGCGCGCGCAACAGCCACGCGCGCCGCCCGGAGCGCUACACGCCGUCCCCGAGCGAGUGGAGGACCCCGCGCCUCCCCAAGCCCCCCGCACCCGCGCAGACCUGCCCCACCCCCCCGCACACCCGCCGGAGAUUCUUCCUCAGCCCCAAAAGCCUCAGGAGCCCGUUCGGACACAGACGCCACUCGCAGGAGAACCACGUCCCACUGUCUGGGCUGCCCGAGGAAGGGCCGCGGACGGCGGCGUGGCCCAGCCUGGUCUUCAACAAGAUCAGGUCGCUGUGGACGGCGCACUCAUCGGUGCCGCAAGGGCUCAAUCAGCUGACAGACGACGAAGGAGGCCACAUCAAGCAGGUGGGAUACGGCGAGGCGCGGAGGCAGAAUGACCUGUACAUGCGGCUGGGACUGCUGCUGGGGGAACGAAGGAGUUCGAGGAACAAGGCCAGGGAUAGUUGCACGUCGUUGGCCUCUUUGGACGCCCAUACUUUGGCCUCGCAUAAUACUAGUCCGGUGUCUACCCUGACGGGUUCCUCCGAGGUGGAGGCGGCGACCCCCCUCGGGCGGGAGUCGCUGGGCUCGCUGGCCUCCAUGUCCCUGUCGGCAGUCAGCAACUGCUCCUCGUCCAGCCCCGGCAGCCGGCGGCAUUCUGUUAAUACGCUCCAAAAUGGGAGUAAAUCGGAGGAGCUGACUCGGAUGUCCAGUGGGUUCUUCAAAAACCGAAAAACGGCUGCCAGAAGAUCAGCCCGGGCCAGCAGCAAACAGUCUUCCACUUCGUCUGAACUUAAGAAAGUUCAUCCUUCGCCACAAUUGACGCUCAGACCGCUAUUCUUCGAAGUUCCCGCAACAGAUAGCCAAAGCUUCUUCUCUGGAAGACAGUGGCUUAUACGCGACAUGGAGAAGGCUAUAGAAUCUAGUUCUUCGGGAAUCCUCAUAUCUGGAGGGCCCGGCACCGGUAAAACAGCUUUAAUACUGCAACUUGUAGAAUACUCCUGCUUUGGAAGAAAGAAGAAUUACGAAUACGAAGAAUUGAGAGAACAAUCCGACAUCAGGGAGGUCCUUCCAGAAGAACUGACCGCUGAGAUGUUAACGCAGUUGGCUGCCAAUGUUGUGGCCUACCACUUUUGCCAAGCCGACAACAACAGCACAUGUCUAGUUGGAGAAUUCGUGCACUCCUUGGCAGCACAAUUAUGCCAAGCACCAAGACUGCAAGCCUACAGAGAAUACCUGCUAAGCGAACCCCACCUACUUGCCUGCCUCUCACUGAAGGAAUGCAUUGCAGACCCAGAUUUAGCAUUCAUGAGAGGAAUCAUUGAACCUCUAGUGAUACUGAGAAGAAAUGGCAGCAUUGACAAAACGAAUAGCAUCAUCCUGGUAGAUGGACUAUGUGAAGCUGAGUACCACAGACCUGACCACGGUCAUACGAUAGCUUCUUUCUUAGGGAGGCAUGUCGCUGAAAUGCCCUCAUGGUUGAAAGUGAUCGCAACAGUAAGGAGCCCCUUCAUGGAUAUGAUGAAACAGCUACCAUACACGAGGCUAAGUCUAGACGUUUCGGAAAAUGUUCAAAAGGACUUGCUUGAAUACUUCCAGACAAGAUUACAAGCAGCGCCAAUAAUAGAAACGAAUAUCAAAUGCUCGACCGGUAAAUCGGAAGACAGACACAACUCUGUGAUGAAAUUCGCACAGUACAUUCUUCAUUUGAGCCAAGGGUCUUUCCUGUUCCUAAAAUUAAUUUUAGAUUUGUUGGAGAGGAGUCAUAUUGUAGUAAAAUCGACCAACUACAAAGUGAUACCUAUAUCAUUGGCGCAGAUAUAUUUGCUGCAAUUCAAUUUGAAGUUUCCUACCGUGCAGUCAUUUGAGAAAGUGACUCAUAUUUUGAGUGUUUGCUUAGCAGCUCUGUACCCACUGACCUUAGUAGAGAUUUACUAUUCAGUUAACUCGCUAUUAGUGGAUACUUUUCUCCCUUGGGACGAGUUUUGUGCGCGGUUUGAGUGCCUGACAGACUUCCUGGUGAAACGGAUAGACAACACAUACAUGUUCUUCCAUCCAUCCUUCAGGGAAUGGUUGAUACGCAGAGAAGACAGUGAAAGUCCUAAAUUCCUCUGUGAUUUGCGGGCUGGACACUGUGGCAUCGCGUUCAGACUAGCAAGAGUCCAAGCUCCUUUAGACUCCGAAAAGACAAUGGAGCUGGGUCACCACAUAUUGAAAGCGCAUAUGUACAGAAAUUUGGGACCCGCGCAAUUGGGACUAUGUCCGAGAGAUCUUCAAGCAACGCUAAUAGCCACCAGCUCUGCAAACGUAGGUGAAGCCAUUGCGAACCUCAGAAAUAUCUACACUCCAAACGUGAAGGUGUCGAGAUUGAUGCUUCUAGCUGGUGGAUCACCGAAUCACAUAACCGAAUGUCUUGGCAAUGCACCUUUACUGUGCAUGUUUGCGUACCAAGGAAUUAUUUCAAUGGUGGGUCUACUCAUCGAGUUCGGAGCAGACUUGGAAGUGACAAACUCACAGGGAUGCACAGCCUUGUCUUUGGCAUGCCAAAGAGGCCAUACUGAUGUUGCGAGACGACUUAUUGCUGCAGGAGCAUCUCUAAGCCAUACCGACACAGCCGAACAGACGCCAUUGGUCCACGCAGCGAAGAAUGGACAGCGGGAUACAGUGAUAUACCUCCUUGGUUGCCAAACCGGCAGAGACGAUCGGAACUCGAUACACGACAUCGAUGGUGAUAACAUUGAGCAACUGGUCCCUGGCUCAAGACACGCCUUGAUAGCUGCAGCUCAGAAUGGCCACUUGGAUAUUGUGGAGUACUUAUUGGACACUGCUGAACUUAUUCCCGACGGCAUCUGUCCAGUCACCGGUGAAACCGCAUUGACAGCUGCUUGCUCAAGCGGCAAUGCGGCAGUGGCUGAUGCCCUGCUCAUCCGAGGAGCCACGCCUUAUUCCCUAAACGCCCGUCAGAUGUCGCCUCUAGCGCUGGCCGCUAAGAACGGACGAGCUACGUUGGUGAUGAGGCUGCUGGAUUCCGGUGCUGACGUCAUGGGGUCGGGAGGGAAGAACCCGCUUAUAUUGGCAGCAGCUGAAGGACAUGUUGAGGUUGCUGAAAUGCUGUUAGCUAAUGGUGCGGAUCCUGAUGGAGUAGAUACAGAUGGACUAUCCCCGUUAUCAUGGGCGUGUCUUCGAUGCAGAAUACCAACAGCUAUCAUUUUGCUGGACAAAGGAGCUAAUAUUGAACACGCAGACACAAACGGCAGAACCCCUCUGGGGCUGGCGUGCGGGGGCACGGUGGAUCUAGUGGAGAUCCUUCUAGAACGAGGCGCGUCGCUGGAACGCGUCGACCAGAGUGGACUGAGGCCUCUAGACCGAGCUAUUGGGCAGAGGAAUAUUCCCAUCGUCAACUGUUUCCUGAAGAAAGGAGCAAAGCUUGGACCCACAACAUGGGUCAUGGCAGCAGGAAAGCCAGAAUUUAUGCUAAUCCUCCUAAACAAGCUGCUAGAAGACGGGAACCUACUCUACCGGAAGAACCGUCCAUCAGAAGCCGCCCACCGCUACCAGUACGCUCUGAAGAAGAUCAACCCGCUCAUCAGCGAUGAAGGCCUGACGACCCCGACGCCGACGCAGCCGGUGCCUCACGAGCACGUGUCGGCGUUUGUGCAGCUGAAGACGAAUCUGCUGUUGAAUAUGUCGCGGUGCAAGAGGAAGUUGAACGAGCCAGCAGAAGCAUUGGACCUAGCAGCGAGAGCAUCAGUGCUGCGGCCGAACGCCUUCGAAUGCGCCUACGCCAUGUCCAGAGCUAUUCUAGCGCUGAACAAACCUGCUGAAGCGCUGCCUCACGCCAGGCGCGCUUUACUUCUAGCGCCACAAAACGACAUGUCAGCUGUCAGAACCCUAAAAGCGUUGCAGCAAGAAAUAUUGUCCAGAAUGAACAGUCAUGGGGACUCUAGGUCGGUUAGGAAUUAUGAUUCAAUUAGUCUGAAUAUGCCGUAGUGGGGUUUGCAUUUGUUUGGAAUGUUUUUAUGUGUGACAGUUUGAGGCUAGCCAAUUAGAGGACGGCUUUUGAUGAUAGGUUCGGGACAUCGGAUGGCAGCUGAUAGUUUGGUGGAAUUCAACGGAUUGAAAGUACAAUUUGAAGAGAUUUCUUUGUUCCAUUUUCAAAAUUUUAUUUAUCGAUUUCUUUUAAGAAAACAACUAAAGUUAUACGAUGAAUUAUAAAAAACUUAUAUACUUACUUAAAGAAUGUUUAUCCUAGUGUGAAUUGUGACUUAUUUGAAUGACAAUUAGAUUUUAAUUACUAUUUAUUGAUUGAAAUUUUAUACAUAUUUUAAAACUAUAAUCUAACGAUUUUAAACUUUAAACAUAUUAUUAUAAUUUUCCAUUUGAUAAUGAACUUGAGUAGGUAUAGAUUAUUAUAUACUUGUGAUGAGAUAUAAUUUUGUGAAUAUGUUUUUUAUCAUACGAUUCCUUGUGUGUUAUUUUAACUUAGUUAAGCUCGAAUACAUUAAAAUACCUUCGUUUACUUUUUUGUAUAUGGUUGCUUGCCAUUUUUUGUAAUGCUUUAAAGUUUUUUUAUGAGGUGUAAUAUUUUAAACCUACCGAUUACUUUUUGUUUUAAAGUGCCUUAAACUUUACUUAGUCUAAUUUCGAUGCAAUUUUAUGUUUAUUUUAGACAUACGAGUUAAACUCGAUCUGUCCAUUAAUUACUUAUUUAAUUUAUUACUUGUAUUAUUCAGUUUAAACCCAAUUUUCCUACCAUUGUAAACAUGUAAAAUAUAAGUAUGCCUAGGGUGACCAUGUUUCAUUGUUUUGUGAAUUGAAUGAAUUUAUUAAUAUUUAUAUCAAGCACAUUAUUUUGCUGAACCAUUACAACUAAUCCUAUUGGAACAUUAUCAUUAAACAAACUUUUUGAUAAUUUACCUACCUUCAAACCAAUUACUAUUUACUUACCUACCUACUAAACCAACCCAUAAAUUUUGUCAACAAAUGAAAAGUUCAUACAGUUGUAUUAUUGGCCAAAUUCGAUAUUUAAGACUGAUGUUUAUAUAAAAGUAAAAAAACAUGACUUUUAUGUAUAGAGAACGUGUAUUAUCAUAAGAAUUUGUAAGUACAAUAUUACAGUAACAGUACAUUAUAAAUUAUAAUAAACUUUUCAUAUAGCUUCAA